AGAAUAGAAAAAUAAAAUGAAAAUUUUGGCCGAAGCCGCCUCACGGACUUCCCGCUUCUCCUUCUAUGUUCUGUCAACCUGACUUGCGGUUUCAGCUUUGAACCCCAAACGUUAACGCUGCAGUCAACGCUUCAACUUACUCUUCCGAUCUGUAACCUUUUACUAGGAAUUCGUAUGAACUCUAGCUUGCUUUCACCAUGGAAAAUCAACCAGUAGUGGACACAAAGGAAGCAAUUUCUCAAGCUGUUGAGAAUCUGCAAGUAGAUGAUUUGGUUAUUGAUCAGGGCAAAGAAUCAAAGGAGGUAAAACCUCAGAUAAAUGGUCAUGAUGGCUCUGAGUUUGAAAAUAAACUAGAGGAAAUAAAUGACAUGAACGAUAUAAGGUCUGAGUCUAAUACUAAUGAGGGAAUACGAGAUGUUGUUGUUGGUGAAUCUGAAUUGGCUCAGAGGAAGGAGGAGAGUAGGGAUUUGCAGUCUGGAACUCAACAAGAAGACUUAGAGGGUAAAUCUGAGACUGUUGGGGAAGAGGAUUCUGGUGAUAAGGUGGAUGCUAGCGGGGAAUUUGAGCCUAGAAGUCAAGAAACAAAUCUAGAUAGUAAUUCUGGACUGAAUGACUUGGGUAAAGAGGAUGAUGACAAUAGAGACAUUGAAUCAGCGCAGGUAUAUGAUAAGACGGAUGAAAUUCCAACUGAGGACCACAAUUUGGAGCCUGUAUUUGAUGGAACUGAGGUUCCAGGGAUGGAAGCUAACCGGAGCAUGUCUGGCCGUAGGGCGGAUGCUGAUCAGGAUAGUCCAGGUGUUGUUGAGAAGGCUGUAGCUCUCAAAAAUUUUGUUAAGGAGAAAAGUGCAGUGGCAGUCUCCACUAUGCUGCGUCGCCUUUCUGGAAAAAGUGAUGAAGGUGCUGUGGGUAAUUUUGAUGAUGAAGGUAAGGAUGUUUCAGACACCUCAAAGGUUAGUGAAACCAAAAUGGGGUCUGAGAAGGCAGUGGAGAAAUUUGCCUGGAAUCCCUUGAAUUACAUCAAGAAGUCAUCUGAUGUUGAUGGGGAAAUCAAAACUGAGCAGAGAGAUUCAAUAACUGAAGGUUCACAACCAACCUUAGCCAUGAAAGGAAGGAUUAUAUUGUACACAAAACUAGGGUGCCAUGAAUCUAAGGAGAUUAGGCUAUUUUUGCGAAUGAAAGGGCUUAGAUAUGUUGAAAUCAACAUAGAUGUAUACCCUGGUAGAAAGAUGGAGCUGGAGAAGAUUUCUGGAUCUACUUCAGUUCCAAAGGUUUAUUUCAAUGAAAUACUUAUUGGAGGCUUUAGUGAGCUAAAAACCUUAGAUGAGUCAGGCAAGCUUGAUGAAAAGAUUGACUUUCUUAUCACUGAAGCACCGUUGUUUGAAGCCCCAUCACCACCAAUUUCUGGGGAGGAUGAUGUGUGCAGUAACGGAAUGAUUGAUGAAAUGGCAAUUAUUGUCCGCAAAAUGAAAGAAUCCAUUGCUGUCAAGGACCGAUUGUACAAGAUGCGCAGGUUCACUAACUGUUUUCUUGGCUCAGAAGCUGUAGAUUUCUUAUCAGAAGAUCAAUAUUUGGAAAGGCAAGAGGCUGUUGAGUUUGCACGAAAGCUUGCUAACAAACUGUUCUUCCGACACGUGCUUGAUGAUAAUCUAUUUGAGGAUGGAAAUCACUUGUAUCGGUUUUUGGAUGAUGAUCCAAUUGUGGUGUCACAAUGUCACAACAUUCCUAGAGGCAUAAUUACAGCGAAGCCCAAGCCUUUGUCUGAAAUUGCAUCAAGGCUGAGGUUUCUGUCCCGUGCAAUGUUUGAAGCCUAUGUUUCUGAAGAUGGGCGUCAUGUUGACUAUGCAAGUAUGCAUGGAAGUGAGGAGUUUGCAAGGUAUCUGAGAAUAGUAGAAGAGCUCCAAAGAGUGGAAAUAUGGGAUUUGUCUAGAGAAGAAAAACUUGCGUUCUUUAUUAAUCUUUAUAACAUGAUGGCCAUCCAUGCAAUCUUAGUAUUAGGUCAUCCAGAUGGAGCACUGGAACGAAGGAAAUUAUUUGGAGAAUUAAAAUAUCUUAUUGGUGGGUUCACCUACUCACUUUCAGCUAUUCAAAAUGGCAUAUUGAGGGGAAACCAGCGACCGCCAUAUAACCUUAAGAAGCCAUUUGGUGCAAAAGACAAGCGCUCAAGGGUGGCACUUCCUUAUCCCGAGCCUCUUAUUCAUUUUGCUUUGGUGUAUGGUACCCGAUCCGGGCCUGCACUUCGGUGCUACUCUCCUGGAAAUAUUGACGAAGAGUUAUUGGAUGCAGCACGUAAUUUUUUGAGAAAUGGAGGCGUUGUAAUUGAGUUGACUGCAAAGGCUGUAAAUGCCAGUAAAAUCCUUAAAUGGUAUAGUAUAGAUUUUGGCAAGAACGAGGUAGAGGUGAUCAAGCAUGUUUCAAACUACUUAGAUCCAGCUGACUCAGAAGUAUUAUUGGACUUGCUUGCUACGUCUGAGAUGAAGGUGACUUAUCAGCCUUAUGACUGGGGUUUGAACAGCUAGCAUGUGCUAAUGAAGUUCUGUAAAUAUGUCCGGUAGAUUGAUAUUGAUUUUCUAUUACACAAAGUAUCUCCAAAGUAACCAAUGUCUUAUGUUAGCUUUUUUGCCCAUUGCACCUGUCUCUGUAGAAGGGUACAGAAGGAAAGGAAGACAAAUAGGGCUGAGGAAAAUACGUUUCUAUUAUGUCCUGUUCUAUACAUGCUGUCUUUCUACAAUUACUUUAGUGCUUUUAAUUGUUUGAUGCAACUUACAAUGGUUCAUCACGUACUAUGCAUGAAGAGCUUGAACUUGUAAUGCUUUUUUACAGGUGGCUUGGUAUAGUAUUUUUUUAAUGGUUGAACAUAAAUGGAUUUACUUGUAUGGCAGUAUACGGUUAAGUUCAUUAUGUUGGACUUCAGAAAUGUCUCAAAUCUUAACUUGAUUUUUCCUUUUAUUGCCCGUUUAUACAAUGUAGGCAUGAGUUGUGGUUU